AUGGCGGCGCUGCCGGCGUCGCCCAGCGGGGCGCCCUGCGCGCGCGCCACGUACGCCAGCGAGAGGACGCCCCUGGCGGGCUGCUGCUUCAAUAAUGCGGAAGACCCUACAAAUACGCCGUCUGAUGGUGAUCCUCCGCAGCAUAGAAAGACGGGUGUUGCAGUUGCUGCUAAAAACAUUGCUAUGCCUAAUGUGGAUGAUGAUGAUGACUUUGAGCCACCCAAAAAGAAGUGCAAUAUCUCAAUGGAUGCCCCAAAUAAGACGCAGAAGCUAGACCCCAGGGACAUGACUCUUCGUAUUGGUCCAGACAAAGAACUCAAAAUCACCAAGCAGACUGUCCAUCAGAUAUUGGGUCUUCCAAAUUUGGGUGGUGGAAAGCCCCUUAAUAUUAAUGAAGCGAACGCUGCGGCAACACUUCGGGCCUCAUUGAAUAUUAGCAAGGAUGAGUUUGUUAUUUCAAAGCUCCAAGACAGAUUGAGGCUAGGCCAGGAUGAUGAUCUUUCUAUCAGAUGUUUUUUUCUCAUUCUCUUCAACCGGCUGCUAUUCCCAACAGCUAGCUGGUCUAUUUCUUUCAAUGAGGUUGUACUUACAGAAGAAAUGGAGCGAUUCCCUCAAAUUGAUUGGUGCCAUCUAAUUUUUAGUGACUUAUGUGAGGCUGCCCAGAGAUGGCACAACAGGAGCAUUAACAAUGUGUCGGCGACGAUAUAUGGCUGUUCCAUCAUUGUUCUUCUGUAUUAUUUGGAUCAUUUGCAUCAUGCUGCUGCUCCAAACAACAAAAAUGGCACUCCACGCAUAAAGUAUUUUAAUAAGAAUAUUAUAAGGGCAUUGUCAAUGGCCGAUAAGCGGAAGCCUCGCCAGGGUGGUGAACCAUUUGGUGUUUGCCCUUUUCGUAGCAGCAGUGAGACAUGUUACGUCUCAAAAUCGCCAACUACUUGCCAGAUUGAGUUUCCUAUGAGGCCAGAAACUUUUGAUGAAGACCCAAAUCAACAUGAUCGACUUCCCAAUAUAAUCAUCCAACUCCCUCUUAUGCAAGACUUGAUGGCAAAUAAGAUUCAGAUGCUUCCUGUACAUCAACGCCAGAAGUUCCAAGCUACGUUGAUUGAUUAUGACUUAGAGGUUGGCAAAAUAUUUGCCUCUAUCAAGCAAUGUUUGAAUACUAUUGGUACAAAGCAUUCCAAUCUAGCUGCUACAUUUGGAGAAUUGAUUGAUGAGGUUCUUUGGGCCGAUGAAUCUGUUACACCAAAUACUCAAGGUCAGACAGUGGUAGGUGUCACAGUUGACAAUGAUUCUGGACCAGUAUUUGACAAGACUCCUAUUGGGAGUGUUUCUGCACCAGGUCUCUUCUUAUCUGAAUUAGAAUGUGCUCGCGCUCUUCGGGCAUACUUGUGUUCUAAGUUCAUUGAAUUGGACAGAAAUAUAAUUGACUUUGGUGAACAUCGCGCCAAUUGUUGUGACAUACAACAAUCUUUUGCUGAUGGCGCAUGUCUCGACAACGUGUUUAUGCAAUGUUUCAUUGAGUGUGUCUGCGAUGACUGGUCUAAACAUAUUCCUCCACUCAAUGCUCACCAGCUCAUUCUAGAUGUUAAUGUUGGGGCUAUAUUGAACUUUGAGGAGCAGGAGCAACAUAGUAAGUCUCCUCGUCCAUUUGACCCUUCAGUUUUGGAGAGUUACCUAUUGAAGACACUGCCUUCUUUCAAGCAGCUGGAUGACUACAAAUCAAUAAUGGUACCCAUGCUAUGUUCUGGACAUUGGACAUUGUAUGUUGUUAAUCUUCAGAUUGGACGCAUACAUGUGUUAGAUUCCAACCCUUAUGGACCAGAGAUGGGUGGGACUAUCUGGAAAAAUUACCAUUGUAUACCUAUAGAUUUGGGUGAUAGGAAGGUUUCAUGGGCCAGGUUAAUGAUGAGUAGGCUCAAUCUAGCUAUUCAAAAUGCUCGACCAAGAUCAGCUCUCCCUGCUUUUUUGAAGUACCCUAUUGAACUCAUGAAUAACUGCCCAACAAUGAAAUUGGGGUCUAAUGAUUGUGGAUUCUUUAUCAUGAGAUAUAUGCAGAACUACGACUACAUGGUUGGAGCUAUGAAUGCAGUCAUUGAUCCGGAUAAUUCAGAGGACAUUUGCUCUCUUGUACUGCAUUAG